AUGACCCGUAGCCAGUCGGGAGAUCUACUACCAUUAGACCGGGAGCUUGAAGAGAUGGGUGAUCCACAGGACCAUGAUGUGGUCCUUCCUGAGGAACACACCAUGGGAUACUACUGGACCACCAGGGGCGCGGACAUGAGGUCGCCCAUUCAACACCCUCAUGUGCCAGCAAGUAACUUUGAGGUGAGCACCUCUGCCAUCACAAUGCUGGGCGGUUCGGUGGUGUUCCAUGGCAAAGAGGGGGAGUGUCCCCGAUCACAUCUGAGGCGAUUCCACGAGCUCAUCGAUGGAAUCAAGAUAAAUGGGGUCCCAGCCGAUGCCAUCCAGCUGAGGUACUUCCCGUUUACUCUGGAGGGGCAGGCCAAGGAGUGGAUAGACACUCGACCUCCAGACUCGAUCACCACGUUCGCCAACCUGGCGGAUAAGUUCCUCACCCGCUACCAUCCUCCGUCCAAGACGGCGGACCUGCAGAAGCAAAUUACCCAUUUUGCUCAGGAUGAAGACGAGACCAUCCGGGAUGCUUGGGAGAGAUACACCAGUCACUUCCUCAAGUGUCCCAACCAUGGUUUUACUGACGCCUUCAAGGUGGGACCCUUCUACCAUGCCCUCUUCCCGGAGGACAAGUAG